AGUACCCAAUGCUAAGUGAUUACCAAUGAAGUAACAGCAAUGGCGCUGGUACUAUAUUGUCAUAUGUCUUGUUAAUGUUAUCAAUAUAUUAUCGGUGUAUUGGACCUUUCUAAUUUGGUAGAAAGUCUAGUUUGGGUUGCGGUAAAAUUGUGUGUUGGACGAGUGCUUAAUAUUGUGUGCGGUCGAGUUCAGAGACGGGGCAGGCCUUGUUGUUUAUUUUUAGAAUUUCGAAAAAGUCCUAGUUUUUUCAUUUUCAUUUGAAAUGGAGGAUAUUUUCCAUUGGUGUCGCGAAGGGAACGCUCUUCAGGUUCGUGUGUGGCUCGAUAAUACCGAGAACGAUCUCAAUCAAGGAGAUGAUCACAACUUUAGUCCUCUGCACUGGGCUGCAAAGCAAGGCCAAUUCAAGAUUGCUGAGAUGCUGCUGGCCCGUGGAGCCAGAGUGAACGCUACGAACAGGGGAGAUGAUAUUCCUUUGCAUUUAGCUGCUGCUCAUGGUCACAUGGAUAUGGUUAUGCUGCUGCUUAAGCAUAAGGCUGAUGUGAAUUUUACAAAUGAACAUGGAAAUUCCCCACUGCACUAUGCAUGCUUCUGGGGAUACAAUGAAAUUGCUGAGAAAUUGGUGUUCAGCGGGGCUCUAGUCACUGUUGCCAACAAGUAUGGACAUACUCCACUCGAGAAGAGCAAAGGUAUGCUGUCAAAGAGGCUGCAGGAGAUUGCCAUUGAGAAUGGGCAGGAGAUGAAGAGAAUCAAGUACAAAGAUCAAAGUUGGUUGGGUUAUAAGACGCGGUCGAGGGACGCCACUUUGAGUAGGUAUAAAGGAAUCAACGUUAAGGAUCUGUACAAAAAAGGCAAGUUAGCAUCGACUCCGUCUGGGGAUUCGUACAGGGGCGUUUGGCAGAAGAACGAGAUAGUUUUUAAGAUUUUGAGCAUCAGGAAAGUGACGUCCAGAAUCUCGAGGGACUUUGACGAGGAAUUCCCGAAGCUGCGCAUCUUCUCGCAUCCGAACGUUCUUCCGGUGAUCGGUUGCUGCAAUUCUCCGCCAACCCUGAUCGUCAUCAACCAGUACAUGCCUUUGGGAUCUCUGUACAGGGUGCUGCACGAGAGCAGCGACAUCGUCGUCGAUAUACAGCAGGCGUUAAGGUUUGCAUCUCAGAUCGCUCGCGGAAUGUCCUUUUUGCACAGUCUCGAGCGGAUCAUCCCCGAGUACCAUCUGAACAGUAAGCACAUCAUGAUCGACGAGGAUCUGACGGCCCGAAUCAAUAUGGCAGACUGCAAGUUCUCGUUCCAAGAGAAGGGUAGGAUCUAUUAUCCCGGUUGGAUGUCGCCAGAGGCACUCCAGAAGAAGGUCUCCGAUCGUAACUGGGAGGCUUCCGAUAUGUGGAGCUUCGCCGUAUUGCUGUGGGAGUUGGCGACGCGCGAGGUGCCGUUCUCCGAUCAAUCGCCUAUGGAGGUCGGAAUGAAGAUCGCGCUGGAGGGACUUCGCGUCGUCAUAAAACCGGGCAUUUCGAAUCACCUCUCGAAGCUGAUCAAGAUCUGCAUGAACGAGGAUCCCGGCAAGAGGCCCAAAUUCGAUAUGGUCAUUCCCAUACUCGACAAGAUGCUAGCUUGAGAAGAUGCGCAACGAGUUUUAUUAUAUGUGCAUAGCUUUAAAAUAACUGGACCCUAAUCAUUUUGUUAAUACGUCUUCUCCCACAAUUUUUAGAUUUAGAAUUUAUUUAUUUUACAUUAUUUAAGAGGAAACAUAUGUGCCUUAUAUAUUGCCUUGAAUGUAAUUUUAAGCUUAUUAAUGACUAAACGAAAGUCAAUUUACGAAUAGUGCUUCCACGUAACAAAACAGUUUAUGUUUAUUUACUCUGCUGCCACUAUCGAUCCAACGAUUUAUAUACACGUCGUCCGAUUGUUGUUUUUUUUUUAAAUUAUUAUUUAUUGGACGCCCUGUAUAUAAGUUGUAUGCAUUCGUAGGAGAUAUUAUAUUUUGUAUUAACAUUCGGACUAAUUUAGUCGUAGUAAUUCAGUUUAUAUGUAAUAUAAUUUUUAUUUUUGGUGCUUCUUUAAACAAACAAACAAACAAA